AGAGUUCAGUUCCAUGGGAACUCUUCAGGACCAACAUGAUGAACAAUAUAAAGAAACAGAUGCAGUAGUAAAUGAUUCAACAGGAAGCCCGAAGGCUGGCCAUACAUCGCGACAGGAAGGGGCUAUGUCAGAAGGUUCCCAAGACAAAUUAAAUGAUUCGCAUACAGUAGGUGCCUCCAUUGACGAAAAUGCAAACUUCUGCACAAAUAAAGAAGGCGUGUCACAGUCGGCAGGAUCAGAACAUUUUGAAAAGAACGAGGAUAUUGUUGAUAAUAAAAAGGUAGAACAUUCCGAUGCUCAUGAAGAAAUGGAAUUGUCUGACGAAUGGGAAGAUACUGAAAGCCUUAAAGAUUCAAGUGAGAGUAAACGCUCUUCUCAGAAAAGAAAGCACGGUGGGGGCGGUAGUAAAGGGAAGACUGCGAAGAAAAGAGGUCGAAAAAAAAGAAAUCACCCAGAAAGGUAUGGCUUGUCAGCAGACGCGAUAAAUGCAGCUUCAAUUUCAGAACGUUCAGGAAGGGUCGAAGGAAACCAAGAAGUAGGUAGAAAAUUGUCGACACCAAGUACACAAAAACAGGAGGAGAAAAAGGAAUUGUCUCCAGAUAAGGGUGAUAAUUUAACAUCAGAUGCAAAUAGCCUCUUGAAAAACAGUAUGGCCAUAGAUUUAUCAUCAGAUAUAAAGGUAUUUGGAGGAUCUAAAAACACAUGUAGUCCUCCUGAUGGUGUUGGUACUAGUGAUAUCAAAUAUCCCCCAGAUGCCUCAAAGUUAGCAACGUUUUUCAAACCGUUAACGACUCCAGGACAGACGCCUUCAAAUACGGAAAACGUUGCAUCUGGUGAGGAAAUACCAGGCCAUGUACCUACUGAGACGCAAGACUCAUGCGCAGGUGAACAGACUCAAAGGAACAAGACUGAUAGUCCGGCAGAAAAAGAAACAAAAACUAAUACGGAAGAGCAUAAUGAUAAUGCGAAGAAGGACGGAAAGCAAGCGUCUGAACCGAGCAAUCUAGAAGAAAGGAAGAAAGACAAAGACGCUCAGAAUCGGGUCUCUAAGGAUAGCAAACAGGCCAAGAACAAGAACGUACAGUCAAAUAAGCUUACAUCAGAUGGCAGAGUUCUUGUACGAUUCAAUGUCCUCGUGUCUGAAGAUUUCCAUUUAGCGGAUGGUGAUAAAGUUGUUGUGCGGAUCGAUCUACCAGAAUAUAAUGGCUGGGACAAUCUAAAUCACGUUCUGAAGAAAGUCGGACAAAUGUCUAAUUAUUUGAUGAUGGAAGUUGAUUUGAAAAUAAAGAAGACAGAUUUAAGUAGACGUCUCAGAUACAAAUACGGAAUUGUAAGGUCAAGUCCAAAAGAUCCAAAGAAGGCAUUUACGUAUGAAAAUCACCAUGUGAAGAACGGGUAUGACAGCCAUCAUAACAGAACGCUUCACAUUACAGAGUCAGUUGUACAAACGAUAAAAGAUACUUGGCAUCAGUACGAUGGUAUCAUUUCUCCAAAACCAAAUGAUAGUAUCUUCAAACGAGGUUACAAAUGGUUUAAAGGAUCGUAUGAAAAAGAGUGUCAGAGAGAUGCGGAGAAGUUUGCAAAGCUGUAUUGUCCUAUCUGGUUCAAGGUAGAUGAUGGAAACUUAGAAGAGAAUAUUUCAGUGGAGGAAUCUGUACUGAAGCUUGAAUGUCUGUUCUUAGGACUGCGCAAAGCAUACUACAUAGAUGUUGGCUGUUGGGACAAUGAAGACGGCUUUAAUAAAACGUUUUCUCGAUGCAUACUUUCUCCAGUUAUUGAACAACUGCAGACCAUUGAGUAUAAAAGCGGCACUUUCAACAUAGCAUUCCUAAAAGCACUAACAAUUGUCAUAGUUUGUGAAAAAGUAAGACUAGUAUUGCCAAUGGAAGAUUUACAGAUCGUCUGCAGAUGUCUACUUGUUCAUGAAAAUAAAGAUUCGACAGAAUGUGUAGAAAUGAAGAUUGUUAAACAGACAUUUACAGACCCUAAAAUACUGCUUGAGCCUUUAAAAUACCUCAUACAAAAUGUGACGGCUGUAAGGAAAAACCCAUCUUGGAUGUUUUGUUUGCCAUUGUUUCAUUUCAUCUCUGGGAUAUGCGAACCGUUUGACAUCCCAGGCAAAGACAAGACUCACUCAGCAAAGAAGCCGGUGUGGUGGGGCACGAACGACAUUCUUGAUGGCCUUAGAAAAUUUAAGGCUGCUAGCGGAAAUUGGGACCUGCCUCUCCGGGAAGUUUUAGAAUGCCUUGAACCACUGUUUGCAAUGGACUUCUAUUUACCAAGAAGUAUUGUAGCGUCUUUGACCCGUGCUGAGGUGAAAGAAGUCAUAGAAAUGCGUAUUGUUCCAGUAGAAAUUAGUUCUGCAGCCGUGUAUUACUAUCAGACUAGGUUGCCAAAGUAUCCAAGUUAUUUUUCUGAAGAUGAAAAGAUUUUAAAUGAAUGCAAGACAUUAUUGCUACAAGAGCUACAGGAAUAUUUUCUGCCAGAUAAAAUGUCAGAGAAGCAGAUAGAAAGUGAUACUGUACAUUGGUGGUUGGCCUAUAACAUAGCUCUGGACCUGUCGGAAAACGUUAUAGACAGAUGUUACAGUAAAGAAGGUUUCAUUACUGCAGCACAUGUGUUUCUGCAUUGUGCUUCGAUUUACGAUCAAGUGCAGACGAACCAACAGUAUGAUCACAUUACAGUAGUCACCAACUUCGAGAGAAAUAUAUGGAGUUGGUUAGACAGAAAAUACUGUCAUUCUUGGUAUUACACAUCGGAUAUGGAUAGCAAUUUUACGGCGUGGAAUAUGUUGUUUGUAUUAGAACUACAGUCAGAGACUGUGAGAAACUUAUGGAAUGACUUCUUCAAAGAGAAAUUUGACACUGUUCUUACAAAUGAGAUUUGUAGAUCCAGCACGUUGAUGUCAUAUUUUGUGAAGUUGUAUUGUGAAAAGAAUAAUACUUACAAAUAUCCCCUACAAGUAUGUCUCAACCCUGUUGCAUUUAAGGCAAUAGAAAAAGGGUACAACAUUGAUAUGGGAGGCCUGAAGGAACGUGGAAAGAAAGUGUUUGGAGAACUGCUAUCUGACAUGUUUGUGAAAGAAUGGCUACGCUUUUGUCCAAACAGACAGGAGGAAACCAACAUAAAGAUAUUCAUGUUUUCCAUAACUUGGUCAGCAUUUGAACAUUUUGUUCGGAAAUUCUAUACGGACCAGUCGCUAAAAGAAAUUCUUACAGAAAGCUGUUGGGACAAAUUAACAAUGGCAAUUGCCAUAACAAAAAGUUAUGUUGAAGUUUUGGACACUGGGGAUAUUAAUGUUGGUAUUUUGAGAAAGCUACACCAGAACUUGGAUACGUUUGCCAGCCUCGUAGAAGAGAUGUAUCCUGACAAAAAAGAUAUGAAAGAAUGGGUUUUAAAAGCUUUGCAUAUACGUAACAUAGAAAUCGAUUCAUUCUUGUGUCAGGCUAAACAGAUGUCAUUUUUGACUGAAUUGUGUGCACACGUUUCCUCGGUUGAUACAAAAGAUGUUGAAACGGUCAUACAGAAAAGUCAUAACAUCGAGAGAUAUGUGAUGACUGAAUUUUGUAAGCCUUGCAUCGUCUCAGACGUGACACAUGUGGAAGGAUUCAAACCUGCUCUUUGCGCGUUCAGUGUGUCAGAGGAGUGCUUACACAGCUUGCCAGAGCUUGAACAUUUUCACAGAAGCAGUGUUUGUCUUGCAUUUUGGCACAACAUGUGCCGGGACAAGUCGACAGACCAGUUUACAACAAUUGAAGCUGUUGUAACCAAAAUAUGGUUUCCAGUAAGGCAGAGAAUACGUAAAUUUGUUUCAAGUGUUAGGAACGGUAAUAUAUUCUUCCAAGAAAUGGAACUAUGGGUAGGGAAGAUUUUCAAAAAUGAUAGCAAAGCCAUGGUUGAAGAACUCAAAGUUUUAGGACUCACUGAAUUUGAGGCAAGGAAGCGGAUUGAGCAGCUAACUCAAUAUCGAAAGCUCGGAUCAUGUGUACAAGGAGCAAAAAUAAUACUUGGGUUUGUGGAACAGUAUGGGCUGAAAGGAAACUUCAAACCAAUUUUUGAUAUUGCUCAGCACCACAACAGAGAUUUCGCGAUGUCUUCGUUUGAUGGAAAACUGAUGGAUGCAUGUGCUUUUCUUGAAGAAGUGACACCAAAGAAGGCAGACUGUCUUGACGCCUUUGUACAGAGCGGCGCAUUAGUAACGUGGUUAAAAGAGACAAUGUCAAAAUUGAAGGAGCUGAAGGUUUUUGUUGACCUGGCCUUCAUGUCAGCUGGAGAUGUUCCGAUGAAUAUUAAGAAAGUACAGUGUUUGCAUUCGGCCGUGACAGGAUAUGCACCACUUAUUUUUGAUUUGGAGCAAAAAGCUGGACAUAUUGAGCUACUAGACAGAUGCAAAAUUGUAUGGAAGGAACUAGAUGCCAACGAAAAUUUGCCGGUCCAGUUGGUUGAUACAUGCAAAGAAUUACAAUGGCUUAAGGACGUUAAGAAAGCCCAUGUUUCCGUCGAAGUCACUUCACUUGUCCAAGCUGAUGCAAUUAAUGAGUGUGGAAUUUAUUCUGUUGGAAAACCAACCCUGAAACAAAAGAAAAACAGCAGCCAGAUACACGGAGAUAUUUCCCAAGCAGCAGAAAAGGCUAUGAUUUUGACAGUCCGCGAAAGGGAAGGAGAAGGGCAACGAAAGCAGUAUAGCUUCACACAGUUACAGGACUUGCAGAGUAGACUCAUGCUUGUAGCUGGAAAAGCAGAAAAAGGCAAUGAUAGCGUGGAGAGAUUUACCAUGAUAUUUGACGGAAUUACUCGACUGUGUAAUGUAUAUACGAAAUUAUGUGAAGCUGGAUGUGUGUUGUUCAAAGACUGGUCGGCAAGAUGUUUUUGCGAUCACAGAAGAGCAGUCCCUAUGUUCUUAAAAUUUGGAAAUGGAGAUCAAUUUCCAGUUAUAGAGUGUGGUAGGUCAACAUCUGAAGACCUAAAAGAUAUGAUUCCACAUGUUGCAAAAUUCAUGGAAAAUUGUCUCGAAGAAUGGUUGGAACAUAUCAAAGUGAUGCGAAGUAAAUACAUUCAUCUCAAUUACUUCACUGUUGAUCAGCUAGUUAUCCUUCAGAGGGAACUUGUGAAGGUCGGGACGGAAGAUCAACCAACAUAUAAACUAUACCCGCUUCUAUCUGCAGUGAAAACAAACUGUUCACCAGAGGACGUAAUUGAUGCAAUGUCAUCAACCAUAGCUGAAGUUAACAACAUGACAGAGAUGAACGAAGAAACUGCUGGCGAUAUGGAAAAUACAGAUGCCAACGAAUUGGAUACUCGUACAGCAAUUGAUGAAAAACGUGAGAACUUCAUACAUGAAGUAGUGCAAACUGGAUAUAGUGAAGCAUUAGCUAUCAAAGCCCUUGAACAUGUUGCACCAGAGGACAUAGCGCAAGGAAUUGUGUGGUGCAUGGACAAUGAAGAUACUGAAAUGUUGAAUGGUGUUGAGCAGAGCGAUGAACCUAGGAAAGAAAAUAUUGAAAUGAAUGUUCCGCAGACACAGUUCGGUGGAUGGUGUCUGUCAGAGGAAUCGGUGCAGUCAAUGAUUACUUCUAACAUUUCUAGGUUGGCACAGAAACGUGAGGAAGGUGUGACGCCUUUUAUAAAUGAUCUAUCACGUCUUUGGAGACAGUUCCUAGAGUCCAUCUCAUCUAAUCUGAAAGACUACCUCAGUCUCGAGCAUCUUGGUUUGAUUCUUUCAUACCUGUCAAGAAAAGACACAAGAACAUUUGACAGGACAUUACCACCUGGCCUUUUAGAAGGACAGCCAAACUUGAUAAUAUGCCGGUCGGGUGAUAUCCUGCUGAACACAUUGGCUUUUUACAUGAUGGAUGAGAAUCAACCUCUCCCUCAAGCAGAUGAAAUACUGCUGUGCACCAAGGGAACAUCAAAGGAUGAAGUAGAAAUAUUUUGGCGUCGAGCAAUUUUUGAAGGUGGAAGGAAGAUACAUUGCUUACUCAAUGCAGAUCUCCUUGACUUUGAUGUGAGUGAGGCAGCAGGACACAUUCUAGGAGAGUAUGUAAAAGACACAGAUCUGAAGUACCGAUUACUUGUAGUAUGUGGUUCAGAUAAUGAGUACAGAUCAUCUUUAGUGUCGUCAUUGGACAAAUAUAGGAGACAGUCACUACCCGUUAAUGUACGCCAUUUACGUGCUUACUUGGCAGAUAAGUUAUCCGUACAAUACCAUUCUAUUUCGGGGAUCAGGCCGGCUGCUCAUGUUGACAGCGAUAGGUCAUCAGUGCGUGUAAUUAAGUCUUGGAGAGCUGGUGUAGGAAAAACGUUGUUCAAGAAGCGGAAGAGCGAACAGUUAAAUUUAUACAGUAACACUGCAAAAGCCAAGGAAGUAUCAAUUCCGCUGCAUGAAAAGACAAUAGAUAUGUACUACGUUACCCAGAGACUUUUGGAACACACGAAACAGCCUGGAGAAUCAGCUGCGAGACUUUUUCAUUUUGAUGUGUCACAUGAGGUACAGUAUGGCGUAGAUUAUCUUCUGUUCAAUUUGAUUAUCCUGGGAUGUCUUGUUGACAAGACUGGAUUUGUAUGGAGGAAAUCACACAUAGACAUAUAUCUAAUUGAAGCCAUGCCUUUGUUGACACAUGCUGUUGAAAGACGGGGAGAAUUAUCCAGAUAUGUUCAUCCAAUGUUGGACAUUUUACCUGACCUUACAUGUAGGUCUCCGGUGGAAAGUUUGAUGAUAUACUAUGGCAGAAUCCCGGAAGAUUUCAAAGAAACGGAUCAGCUCUUUGAUGACAAGCAGUUCAGAAGUCCAGUCUUUCAACGGACGUUUCGGUAUCUGUUAAGACUUGAUAUAAGUAGGCAAGAUGAGGGUAUAAGGCCCAAGAAAGUGAAUGGAAAUCCGAAAACAUGUCUGCAGACACUUCUCAGGCACUGCGGUAUAAAGGACCCAUCUUGGUCAGAGCUUCAUCACUUUGUUUCGUUCUUUAAUACCCAGUUGGUAGACUUUGAACAAAAUAACUUUGUGAGUGCAGCGGCGGCAGAGGAUUUGCCUGGAUUUUCAGAUUUUGUUCUCCGGUUCCUUAUUCAGAUGUCAAGGGACUUUUCAACUCGGUCUUUAAACAUUAGCGAACAGUCUCCAACAGUUACCCAGGUUCAUUCAAAAAAUGAAGAAGAUUUGCAUUUAGCCAACGAUGAUCAUGUUGCGGAGGAUGAGACACUUCUGCAGUAUCAUAUGAGAAGGACUUGGGAAAGCAGUCCACAUCCAUACUUGUUCUUCAACUCGGAUAGAUUCACCUUUACCUUCCUGGGUUUCUUUAUUGAUCGAGCAACAGGAAACCUGGUAGAUCAGCAAACAGGAGAUGUUCUAGAACAAAGCAUAAUGAAUCGGAAGUUGUAUGACUCUCUACUCAGAAAUCAUGCUCCGAUACAGGAGAAUUUUGAUGAUCUCCCAAGGGACAAGAAAAUCAUGAAGUUAUGCAAUGUCAUGGGAAUUGAGUUUCCUCAUGAUCCAGAUGAUACAUACGAGUUGACAACAGACAACGUGAAGAAGAUAUUAGCCAUAUACAUGAGGUUUAGGUGCAAUAUACCUGUGAUCAUAAUGGGAGAAACGGGAUGUGGGAAAACCAGACUGAUUAAGUUCAUGUGUGCGCUUCAGAUGCCUCCAGGACUUCCAGUAACUAACAUAAUUCUGAUGAAGGUUCAUGGUGGAACUACAAGUCAAGACAUCAUAAACAAGGUCCACGAAGCAGAGAAAGUGGCAAAGAAAAAUAGGAAGAAAUACGGCAAUAAUAUGUAUACAGUUCUAUUCUUUGACGAAGCUAACACUACCGAGGCUAUAGGUCUAAUCAAAGAAAUAAUGUGUGACAGGAGUAUGGAGGGAGAAAUACUUGAACUGUGUGAAAAUCUGAAAAUGGUAGCUGCUUGUAAUCCAUACAGAAAACAUUCGGAUGAAUUGAUCAAGAAAUUAGAACAAGCGGGUCUUGGUUACCACGUGGAUGCCGAUGAAACGACAGACCGGCUUGGUCGUGUACCCAUGAGACGUCUUGUAUACAGGGUGCAACCCCUACCACAAAGUGUAUUGCCCCUUGUUUGGGAUUUCGGGCAACUAGAAACAGAUGUUGAAGAUUUGUAUAUUAGGCAGAUGGUCAGAAGAUAUAUUCGAAAUGAUAUGCUACCAGACAUGCCUGGAUUGAUUGCAGUAGUCAGUACAAUAUUGACGGCAUCACAGUUACACAUGAGAGAACAAAAGGAUGAGUGUAGUUUUGUGUCACUACGUGAUGUAGACCGUGUUCUGACUGUAAUGAGCUGGUUCUAUGAAAAGUCUGAAGGUGAAAGGACACUUUUUGAUCUUAUGGAUGCCAAAUUGAACAGAGAGAGGAAUACUUCAGCAUCAGAUGAUGAAAGUGAGACUGAAGUUGAAUUGAAUUUGGAACAUGAAGAAGAAGAAAACAGUGAUGAUGAAUGGAACAAUGAAAACAGCGAUGGUAUAGAAGAUAUAACACGAUCAUUGGUACUGGCUCUUGGUGUGUGCUACCAUGCCUGUUUGAAGAACAGAAAUGAAUAUCGUGAAUAUAUUGCACAGUUUUUCCGUGCACCGUGUCAAAUUUCUGGCGGAGCAGAACAAAUUAGGAGGGAGAUUGAAUGUUGUCAGGAUGUGUUUCUUGACCAUGUGCAGCUAGAGGACAAUAUUGCACGAAACAUGGCUUUGAAGGAGAAUGUUUUCAUGAUGGUAGUCUGCAUUGAACUUCGCAUUCCAUUGUUCCUUGUUGGAAAACCUGGAAGUUCCAAGUCCCUUGCAAAAACGAUAGUGUCAGAUGCUAUGCAAGGAAAUGCUGCGAGGAAAGCUCUGUUCAGAGAAAUGAAACAAGCUCAGAUGGUAUCCUUCCAGUGUAGUCCUUUGUCUACCCCAGAUGGUAUAGUUGGUACAUUCAGACAGUGUGCUCAGUUCCAGAAAGACAAAGAUUUGGAUACUUUUGUCUCCAUAGUUGUCCUAGAUGAAGUUGGUUUGGCAGAAGACAGUCCUAGAAUGCCGCUCAAGACGCUUCAUCCACUGUUGGAAGACGGUUGUCAAGGUGAUGAAAAGCCUGAGAAGUAUAGAAAGGUUGCUUUUAUUGGUAUAUCAAACUGGGCUCUAGAUCCUGCCAAGAUGAACAGAGGAAUUCUUGUGCAGAGAGAAAUACCUGAUCAAGAGGAACUGAAAAACAGCGCAAUAGGCAUAUGUCAGACAAAGGAAAACUUUGACUAUUUGAUCAAACCGUUGAUUGAACCAAUGGCCGUGUCGUAUUUGGAAGUAUUUAAGAAAGCUUCUGAUGAGAAAAGGGAGUUCUUCGGGCUGAGAGAUUUUUACAGCUUAGUGAAGAUGGUAUUCAGAUUUGUUGAAAAAUCCAGAAAGAAGCCAACAUGGCAUGAGAUGGUGCACGCCAUUAAGAGAAAUUUUGGAGGACUUGACGAGGUUGAUCCAAUUGAAACGUUCAGGAAAAAUCUAACAACCAUUGUUUAUGACGCGAAGCCAAGAAAAAACGACCCGGACUGCAGCCCCGUUGGUCUCAUUCAAGCGUGCCUUUUUGAUACAAAUAACAUGUACAGUGAAAGUCGUUACCUUUUGCUGUUGACGGAAAACUUUGGAACGCUGACGAUCAUACAGCAAUUGAUUCUGUCCAGAGGUAGUGACAUCAGACCUAUUACUAUAUUCGGCAGCAGUUUCAGAAGUGACCAAGAGUACACACAGGUAUGCCGCAAUAUCAACAAGAUAAAGAUUUGUAUGGAGACAGGGAAUACAGUUGUCUUGCUAAAUCUUGAAAACCUAUAUGAGAGUCUGUAUGAUGCCCUAAAUCAAUACUACGUUUAUUUUGGUGGAGAAAGAUACGUAGAUCUUGGAUUAGGAACACAUCGGGUUAAGUGCCCUGUGCAUAAAAGAUUCAGGUUGAUCGUAGUGGCAGAAAAACAGACGGUGUAUGAAAAGUUUCCAAUACCUUUGAUUAACAGACUAGAAAAACAUUUUCUGACAAUAAACACGAUGCUGACUACAGAACAACAAAAUCUUGUUAAAAAACUGGAAUCUUGGACGAAACAGUUCAUCAUGCAAACUAAAACGAGAGUUUUACAUAGAGAUAAGACAUCCACUACCAGGUUAGGAGACGUAUUUAUAGGUUACCAUGACGACACUUGCUCCUCUGUAAUCCUAUGCGUUUGUGAAAAGGAAGAAAGCCUCAUUGACAGAGAGGACCAGGUUAUGCAUGCAGCUAAAUCUGUUUUGCUGUGGUGUGCUACACCAGAUUCCGUGUUACGACUGAGAAACAGUAGUUUACCCGACGAAGAACAGCAGAUGCUUACUGAGAUAUACUUUAAAACACAGGCACACGACAGUUUACUGCAAUAUCUGGAUCAGAAAAUUGUACAGCAACAGUGUCAACGGCUUUUCUCCCAGGUAACUACGCACUCAAAAUUAUUGGCCGGUGUGCACAAAAGCGAGAUCAGCAGUACCACAAAGAUACCAUCUGGACAAAUUCUUCUGUUAGAAUCUCUCUCAUCAUUCGAUACAGAGCAGCAGUUUAGUGGACGAAUACAUCAACACCUCCAGAACACAUGUGGAGGCGCUAGCCUUAUGGUGAUACAGUGUGACUCUGGUGAUAUUAAUGGCAACCUAAUAGCAUGUGCGAGGUAUUGUGUCAUGGAUGAACUUGAAAGAAUGAGAGAUGAUAUUCGGGCAACUGUACACAUAGUUUUCAUAAUUCAGCUUUCACGAAAAGCACAGUUCCGUGGCUUUCAGUGUGGGAUGUGGAAUUCAGUUCACAUUGACGACUUGUUCCCAGAAAGCAGACAUAAGCUUACUAUACAAGACAUGCAAGGAAAGUCUGUUGCCAAUUUGUUUACAGAAUCUGUUGGCGGAGCAGCGUCUGCCGAAGAUAUGAUGGAAUGGGUAGAUGAUGGUCACUUGCCCUGGCAAGCUUCAACUUCAGCAUCCAGCAAGGACAGUCGUACCUCUGUGGAACAUGAUGUAAAUGAAGGACGUAGUCAGCGCAAAGAUGUGAGCAUUAAAGAGCUGAUCAUGUCUUGUGUCCAAGCUGCACUUUCUGUAGUAAAAGAUAAAGAAGAAAACUCGAAAAGAGAAACGGACAGAGUAGCACUGGUUCUGAAACUUUUGCAUAACGAAGAUGAAGGCGACACGUCAUUUGUUCAGGGUGUGUGUCGUCUUAUUGCUAAGCUUCUCAAGGAGAAAGAAACCAAGACGAAUAUUGCUACUUUGGCACAAGAUUGGCUGAUACUUGAAGCAGCAGAUUUAGACAAUAUCAGCAAAACUGGAACCUUAAGACGCUCUUGUUCACAAAUUUUGGAAAGCAAGGUUUCGCCGAUAUUCGCUGGUGUCAUUGCAUUUUUGGAUACAAACAACAAUCUCAGCAUAAUGCAAGAUGAAGACAGAUGGAAAAGAGAUUUGUGGCUAUCCUUUCUUAACGCCCCAGAAGCUUUAAAUCUGCAUUGGCGUAGGGCCUUCAAGUCUCUGUGUACAACUCUUAAUAAACCAUGCCUGUUAAUUUUCGAUUUUUCGACUGCUCUGUUAUUAAAACUUUUCACUCGAAGACAGUGCGAUGCGUUAUUGGAUACCAUGCAAAGCAUAUUGUGCUUAUUUUUAAUUUUACUAGGAGAAGCAGAUGUAGCUAAACUUGAGAUUUCAGUCAGAGCGUUACGCAAUCUCCCACUCAGUGAGGUGCUAAUAAAUGUACUUCAACAAAACACACAUGAAGCAGUAGUUGCAGAUUACAUACAUGACUUCAUACAUUGCGUGUAUCAUGCUGCAUCGGAAGCGGAACAUAAGUUUGUGUGUAAAGUCAUUACCAAAGCAGCCUUUUGUAUGCCAAGAACGGUAACAGAUGCUCAUAUUUUGAAUGCAUUGGUAUGCGUGCAUUUAGUCUUCCAGAAACUGUCAUCUAGGCUUGUGAACUUCAGGGCAAUUAAUAGCGUGUGGCCAGAAUGCAGUACCGCUAUUACUGAGGUGGAGACAAAAAACCCAGAUCACUUCAUGUUUAGUGGGGGAGACUUUACAUUUUCAGCGCUGUGUCUUCUAGUUGAAAACCUUUCCCCAAGUAAAAGUGAGCUUGACCAACCAGUCGGCAGGGCUGUAUGGUUGAAUAAAGUCCAUCGGUACAGACCAGUGGUAGAGAAAAUUAUAAGUGUGUAUGACGAAGAUAAAAACAUAGUCGAGGCCAACAGCAUUCAAUGUGCUUACAGAGCAAAACGGUUAUGGAGCAGAAUUACGAUAGUGAAGCUGUUUCUGGAACACGUGUGUGCUUCCGACAGAAAGGAAAAAAUUACAAUCAAAUAUUGCAUGCCGUUGUGGAAAAUACUAGGCGAAGAAACAGAUAUGAAAGAAAUUGGAUCAUUUGAAGGUGUAGAAAAGUUCCUUAAGGUAUGCAACAGGUCAGCUAUCAAAGAAUACAUAGGAGCUGAAGUUAAAUGCAGCCAAUGUAACACAGCGGUGGAAGGUACUCCUGUUAAAUUACCAUGUAACGAUGUGUUAUGCGAUGAGUGCUAUGAGGAUAUGAGAGCACUGGGAGACUGUGAGUGCGCCAGUUGUCACCAACACUUUCAGGAAGGGUUUCCCAUUGAGCGUCUAGCAUUUAAAAACGAUGCCCACGAGAAAUUAAGGGACUAUCAGAAAAAAUGCAAUACAUUUUUCAUGGACGUUGUGUCACAGUUAUGCUUCUCUGGUGAAACUGCACCGUCACGGGAUGUUGUGGAAAAACUUCUUGGAUAUGUCUUCUUUACAACGAAAAAAGAACGGCAGUGUACCAAAGAUCUAUCAGUUUUUGGAACCGGAAUAGACCCUACCCCAGUGUUUCGGUCAUUUCUCCUUCAACUCUUGAUGAAAACGAGUGAAGAAACUGUGAAAGAAAAUUUAGAAACCUACCUUCGACAGGCCCAACGUUUAAUUUGUAGAGGAAAUGAACAAAACAAAGAUAAUCAUCAUGUAGAACUCAGUCUUCUUGUAAUACAAUGCUUAGAGGAUAUGUUCAUUCAAAUCAAAACCCGAGACCCUCUGAACGCACACCAAUAUGUUACAAGGGCCCUUCAAAUAGCCAGACAGACUAUUGAAGCUUCGGAUCUAGGUGUUGAAAAACUGUAUGGAAUUGCCUAUGCAAGAAUGGGGCUAGCCGAAGCGGCUACUCAUAUCGCGCAUAUUGUGUUACAUCAGAUAGAGCCCCGAUCUGUUCCAGUUUGUGUAAGAAAAGUCAUUGAAGCAGCACAAAUACUUUGUGAAGAUACAAAAGUUAGGUGGGCCAGAAUCUACUUAGUGAAGUGUAUAUGUAGAUGCCAUGGUGUAGAUGUGUACCAGAAAAUAUGUCGAAGUCGUGUACCGUUCCUGAGAUGGAUACCAAUUACAGACAUUGAUAGAACACAAGUGGUCGAAGUGAGCGAUAGAUAUAUUGUGUGCGGCGAGCCAUAUAUAAAGAUCAGAGAGGCGCUGACAAAGGUUGCACUUGGUGAAGAUGUCGCUUUACUCGAUGAAACUGUGCAGGAGCUGCAUGCAGCCGAAAUCAGAGUGGAGCCGUUGUUACAGCUCGCAAUUCAUAGAGAGAUAACAGGUUCAUACCUGUACCCACAAAAACGGAGAAAAGUUACACCGCAGGCAUUUGAGACCAUAGACGGAUUUAUCGAUGGCUGUAAGAUUGUUAAGAAUAAGGCCUUUGGACAUGCAAUUGUUCAAAAUCGGUUGUUGCCUCUACACCUAUCAUAUGGAGAAGGUGAUGAUUUGCGAACACAAGGAAUAGUAUCUUUAAUUGUCCACUUCAUGUCCACUUUGUCCCAUUUGGAAGGAGAUAGAACGUUACUUCAACCACUGAUGGCAUUGAUGAGGAAGCCACAAGCAUUAGCCAAUGCAUUCCUUCCAACAAUGCCGCAAGAUGACCUUCAAGAUGUGAAAGAUGCACUUCUUGCUGCUCGUCAUAAUGUCGUUGGUGCUGAUGACAAUCCUGUCUUUUACAGAUGUCCAAACGGCCACCCGUAUGUAAUUGGAGACUGCGGCCGCCCGGCCACCGUUGCUAUCUGCAAGGAAUGUGGGUCAGCAAUAGGCGGACAAGGUUAUCAUCUGCGGCCUGGAAAUGUCCUUGACCACGGAGGGGACAACACGAUGACUGGUCAUAUCCUAGGGCGGUCAGAAAACAGAGGUAGAGGUCCUAAAACAGAAAGGACACUUACACCUGCCCAGUGCUCUACUAUCCGACUUAUACUGCACGUGGCAAUGUAUGUCGGAUCAGGCAUUAACCUGCAGGGUGUUUGUUCAUUAAUCAGACCAGACAUUGAGGAAGCACGUGUUGGAGAAUUCGUUUGGCGUCAUAUUGCACGUGAUAUUGACGACAUUCAGCACUCCCUUGGUCGAAGUGUAGACGAUGCUCUUCUUUAUGUUCACAGUAUUAUAGACCACAUCUUGAAAACACAUGAUGGAGGAGAACGUGUUAGAGGAGAGGUGAGCGGUUUAACUAGCAAGCGAGGAAGAAAUCAAUGGGAAACAGAAUUCUCUGCACGUUUCCUACAAACCACCCUGCAGAACAUUGACAAUGAGCUGAAGGCUUUUAACCAGUGUUUAGCUAAAGACAAGAGACUUGGGGCAGAUCCUCUGUUAUGUUUGUUAUAUGAAACUGACGACUCGCCAAAAAUGGAAAUCUCAAAGGCACCGGAAGAAAACUCUUCCAAAGUAAUGGACAUACCAAGAUUGUGGAAAUACAAGACACCAGUGCCUAAACACGGAAUGCAUAAAACAGGAAAUGCAGAAAAUGACAGUCUUGAAGAAAUCCAAAAUGUUCCAAGGGUAUGGAGGUAUAGAACACCAGUGUCCUUACAGCAUCUUAGACAAGAGCUUGAUGCAAAGAUUGGAGGGGCUCAGCAGAAGUUGAAUUAUAAAGUGUUGCAGCUUUUCCUGAAAGAGGAAAACUAUCUGAGAGCCCUGAGGUAUAUCCCAAGCAUACUGCGUCUACAUAGAGCAUUGUUGAAUAAAUACCAGAAGAAACUCGAUAAGGCAGAGGCAGCCCAGAUAACAAUAGCUCAACUCAAGAAAGAUGCAGUACUAGGCAUGGAAACAGAGUUGAUAUUACAGGACUUUACAGAUGCGUGGGAACUUGUCAGAGAGAGUCUACAACACUACGUGUGUCCUACCGACUUAGGAGGAAUGUCGGUACCAAAGGAAUACUGUGUGAACAGUAUGAAUGAUAAGACAACUGUAGCAAUGUUGCUGCCAACAACGAAGGAAGGUGGACUGUGUUCGUAUGCAUUGCUUGACUUCCUGAUGAGAAAGCAAAACGAUUUCUUACACAAUUAUUUAAAGGAAACACAGAGAGAAGCUUCAAGUGUUAGCUGUAUUGCGCCAAAUGAUGUAACAUCGGCACACCUGAUCUGUUAUGAUCCUCACCGGGAUAUCCUUCCACUGAUUCUUGCAAAUUGUCAGUAUUCUUUUGAGAUGGGAAAAGGUACGAAGAUCGAAUAUGAUUUUGGUGGUUUGGAGAGACAGAUUAUGGAUCGAUUCUUGUUCUCAAAGUCACGAAUAGAUGUUGGGAGAGUGUUGCAGAUUGACAUGAUGGUGUAUCGAACAGAAUUCACAAAUACUGAAGUGUUCAAGAAACUAGCCGAAAAAAUACCACAGAUUUGCUUGACCACUGCUGAGAAGACACGUAUUUGUAGCGAGUUGAAAACUCUGCCUGAAAUUUGUCAGUCUUUAGAUAACCUUGAUAUAACCGUUAGUUUCCUGAAAACUACGGGAGGAAAUCCAGAUGAAAAUCUUCAUGAGUUUAUGACUGAAACAUUACAGAUGGACCUUUCGUUACAUAGCCAGAAGGCUCGCCAGGUUUGCCAAUUUCAGCAUGCGCAGUCGCUUUGGUUGCUACUGUCUCUACAGAAGUCGAAGAAAAUGACAGAUUCAGAGCAACAUAGUUUGAGCACAUUUGAAUGUGUCACGCAAGAGUUUCAUGAUGAGGUACCUAAGGAGCUUUUGUUAGAUCUUCGAAAGUUCAUUGGAAAAUUGACAGUAGUAAAACAGUCUCAAUUUGUUGAAGUACUUCAUGAGUUUAUAAUACUUGUUGUAUCUGAGAGACAAAACAGGGAUGAUGAGGAGUUCCUUACAACAACCGAAAACAGGCUUGGUGAAUGGCUAUAUGGAUAUGUAGAUGGCAUGGAGAAUCCAGCUCUCGAUGUUGCUGUCUUCGUGGAUUUUCCAAAGGAAUUAUUAUAUAGGCAUAGUGUGAAGACCUGGAUAGCAGCAUACAAAAUAACGAGAGAGAAAAGGUCUUCAAAACGAACAUAAAACAAGCGUAUAAUUAUAUGAAGGAAAUAAUUAAACUGAAAUAAAACUGAACCUUAAAGGCUUCUGGACACUUGUAUAAAAAACCAACCAUGUGCCUUGGGACAUUCUUUUGAUUUGUUUACCUAAUCUGUGAUUGUUACCUGUUUCAGUGGUCAUUAAAUCAUAUGUUCGAGUGUUGAAACUUACUUACAUAUAUGUUUCUUCAAAACAAUUAGUAGCCAAGUGGCACAUUUACGUAUCAUAUCUAUUUACAGUUUUUAUUGUAGUUUCAUUGGGCUUGCAAAUAUCACUGUAUGUACGUUUUGAGAAAAGUAUCGUGUUAUUUCUUUUUCUUUUAACAGAAUUUUAUUUCCUUUAAAAUGCGAAAGCGUUAACGUUAUGAAAACUUCAGACUAUUAUAUUUUGCCUGUAACCGAUCUUUGUUUAUAUUAUUAUUAUUAUUAUCAUCACUAUUAAUACUUUUAUUAUUAUUUUCAUCAUUAUAAAAAGUAUUGAUAAAUUGAUCAUUAUCAUAUGUACUGUAAAAUUGAAGGUUGAAAAUCAUUGAGGAAUCGCUAAAAUAUUUUGAAUAUACAACUGAACAAUUUUCAUUCACGAUACUAAAACGUGUAACAUGUAUUAGAAUAAUUAAUGAUUCCAGACAUUUGACGAUACUUGCAUAGUUUUCGGUCAUAAUUGUCGAGACCGUUUCCGCAUACGACACUGUCAAUUUUAUUUUAGUAUGGUUUAUUUAAUGUUCCCAAUUCUGCAAAAUAAAGAGCAGGAAUAUA